CCGCCAUGCUCUCCCUCACCAUCCCGCGCGUCGCCCUGCGCGCCGCCGCGCCGCAGCGCCAGUUCGCCGCCGCCGGCCUGCGCUUCGCCAGCACAAAGACGCUCACCGAGGCCGUCGCCGAGGUCAUCCCGCAGAAGCAGGAGCAGCUCAAGAAGCUCAAGGCCGACUUCGCCGACCGCAGCCUCGGCGAGGUCAAGGUGAGCAACCUGCUCGGCGGCAUGCGCGGCCUCAAGGUCAUGCUGUGGGAGGGCAGCGUGCUCGACGCCGAGACGGGCAUCACCUUCCACGGCAAGACGAUUCCCGACUGCGAGAAGGUGCUGCCCACCGCCAAGGACGUCGGCCAGCCGGGCAAGGAGAUGCUCCCCGAGUCCAUGCUCUGGCUGCUCCUCACCGGCAACGUGCCCAGCGCCGAGGAGGCCAAGCAGCUCUCCGCCGAGCUCGCCUCCAAGGGCAAGCUGCCCGCCUACCUCGAGAAGAUCAUCGACAGCUUCCCCAAGUCGCUGCACCCCAUGACGCAGUUCGCCAGCGCCGUCGGCGCCCUCAACCACGACAGCGCCUUCGCCGCCGCCUACACCAAGGGCAUCAAGAAGGCCGAGUACUGGAAGCCGACGCUCGAGGACUCGAUUGACCUCAUUGCCAAGCUGCCCGCCAUUGCCGCGCGCAUCUACUACAACGUCUUCGGCCGCGGCGACGGCUCGCAGGCCAUCGACCAGAGCAAGGACCUGAUCGGCAACUACGCCGAGAUGAUCGGCUACGGCGGCAACGAGGGCCUCACCGACUACCUGCGUCUCUACAUUGCCAUCCACGGCGACCACGAGGGCGGCAACGUCUCGGCCCACACGGCGCACCUUGUCGGCAGCGCCCUGUCCGACCCGUACCUGUCCUACUCGGCUGCGCUCCUGGGUCUUGCUGGCCCGCUGCACGGCCUCGCCAACCAGGAGGUGCUCGGCUGGGCGCUCGGCAUGCAGGACAAGGUCGGCAAGAACCCGACCGACGACCAGGUCAAGGAGUACCUGUGGUCGACGCUCAAGUCGGGCCGCGUCGUGCCCGGCUACGGCCACGCCGUGCUGCGCCGCCCCGACCCGCGCUUCUCGGCGCUGAGCCGCUUCUGCGACACGCGCCCGGAGCUCAAGGAGAGCGCGCUCGUGCAGCUCGUCCAGCAGGUGUCCAACAUCGCGCCCAUCGUGCUCAAGGAGCACGGCAAGACUGCCAACCCCUUCCCUAACGUCGACGCCGCCUCGGGCUGCGUGCUGUACGAGUACGGCAUGUCGGAGUUCAAGUACUACACCGUCAUCUUCGGCAUCUCGCGCGCCAUCGGUGCCCUGCCCCAGCUCGUCAUGGACCGCGCCCUCGGCCUGCCCAUCGAGCGGCCCAAGUCGAUGAGCAUGAACGCUCUCGAGGCUCUGCUCAAGAAGUAAAGCGGCACACCCGCCGCCCCCUCUGCCGCUCCUCCGGCACGCUCCGUGUUUGGCGCCCCUCUCUCGUUCAGUCUCGCCCAGGUGCGGCGGGGCGAGCAGGUGGGAAUAGAAAUGUCAUGCUCGCCUUGCUCCAUCCAUCCCCAGUGCGAGCGUGCGAGUGAGGCUGUCUUCAGCGCAGUCCGUGCCGCUCAGCGCGUCCUUGCCGCUCAGCUCAGUCCUUGCCGCUCUCCUCGCCAAUCUUGCCCUGGCUGGUGAUGGUGCCCUCGACCUCCUUCUCGACCUCGCGGCCCAGCUCCUGCAGGCGCUCGAGGUCGUUGCCGAUGAGCGAGACAUCGACGCCGUUGUUCCACUUGGGGUACGAGCCGACCUUGAUGCCCUCGGCCUUGCAGCGCUCCGUCAGCUUGACCAGGAA